CCUUCCCACCUCCGCUCUCCUCCUCCUCCCCCACUCCUUCCCACCUCCGCCCACUUGACGCGAUGACGCACCGAAGGUUUGCGGACGUGGCGGCGGCGCACAGCCCGGAAGGCGGAGACGUUGGCGGCAGUGGCGGCAGAAGACAGGGGCAACCCAAAACGGAGGGUUGGUCAUGAAUUUUCCCGGGACAGGAGCCGCGGCGGCGGACCUGGCAGCCGGCUCCUUGUUGUGUCCCCGCUGCUAACAGAACAGAUUUUGACAUGGCAGGGAGACAUCAGAAUCGUAGUUUUCCUCUUCCAGGAGUUCAUUCAAGUGGUCAAGUACAUGCAUUUGGAAAUUGUACAGACAGUGAUGUGUUGGAGGAGGAUGCUGACGUUUAUGAGCUUCGAUCCAGAGGAAAAGAGAAAAUCCGAAGAAGUACAUCAAGAGAUAGACUUGAUGACAUUAUAGUUUUAACAAAAGAUAUACAGGAAGGUGAUACUUUAAAUGCAAUAGCCCUUCAGUACUGUUGUACGGUAGCGGAUAUCAAGAGGGUUAACAAUCUCAUCAGCGACCAAGACUUUUUUGCCCUUAGGUCUAUUAAAAUUCCAGUUAAAAAGUUUAGUUCAUUGACUGAGACACUUUAUCCUCCAAAAGGAAGACAGGCUUUACGUCCUUCGUCUGUUCAGUAUGUUCCAGAACAACAGGAAAUUUUGCUAGCUAAUGAUUCUCUUUCUUCCACUGAGUCAGCUGAUAACUUUUUAAAAGAAGUAGAUCGAGACAUAGAACAAAUAGUAAAAUGUACAGACACCAAAAGAGAGAACCUUAAUGAGGUAGUAUCUGCUUUAACAGCACAACAAAUACGUUUUGAACCUGAUAACAAAAACACUCAACGUAAGGAUCCUUAUUAUGGAGCGGACUGGGGAAUAGGGUGGUGGACAGCUGUAGUGAUAAUGUUGAUAGUAGGUAUAAUAACACCAGUAUUUUAUUUGCUGUAUUAUGAAAUUUUAGCUAAAGUGGAUGUUAGUCAUCAUUCAACAGUGGAUUCUUCACAUUUGCAUUCAGGAGUGACACCCCCAUCACAACAGAGAGAAGUAGAAAAUGAAAUUGGUCCAACUAAAAGAAUACCCUUUGGCCAACAUGAUCAUAAACUAUAUCGUCAAGAUUCUCAGUCACCUGCUGCUCAACACAAAACAUAGCAGUUGGCUCAUAAUUGCAGUGUUAAUGAUCAUGUAUAUCUUGCGUGUGGUGAAUCAGUUAUAUUCAAUAACCACUUUAAAGGCAGAAGUUAGGGAGAUUGAAGAUGCUUUUGUUUUUCACCCUUUUUUUGAAGCCAGUUACAAGUAGAUUGAGUAUAAAUUCCUACACUUGCUAGUUGUUGAUAUUGAAAGCUGUAAAUCUCUAUCUGUUGUAUCAAUGCUUAAAGCAAAAAUGAAUUUAAAUAUGGGUCUAGGAAGUUCUUAACUCAGAAAAUGCAUCAUUUUUCUUAUUCAAGCCUGGUUAUGUUUAAAUUUUAUUUUUCAAAUUAUUUUUUGGUUUAAAGUUAUUAAUAUUAAAUAUAUUAAGCAAAAUAAAAUUAUAAGCAUCCCAGAAUAAUGUUUUGCAGUUAGGAAGUUGCCAUUUGGUCACUAGAACACUGGAUUAGGUCAAGACCUAAAAGUAAUCUUUGUCUCUUAAAGCUCUCUGCCUCUGCUUCUGUGAUUAUAAUUGCUUCUGUUAUUUGAAAGCACUUUUGUAAUUCUUUAAUGAAAAGUGUUAUAUGAGUUAGCAUUAUUUAGGAAAUAAUCCUUACAUACUGUGAUAAGUUGUUGCUGUGUUAUAUGCAGUAACAUGCCUUAAUUACAUUUAAUGCCUUAUAAUAUUACUUUAAGCUAAUACAAGUUUUAGAAUUAAAAUUAAGGAUUAUUUCUGAUGGUCCAGUGGGAUUCAUAGGCCGUAUAAAUUCGUCUCCAUCUUCACUAUCAAGGAAAACUUCAUAGGGUUAAAACAGAUUUUCACUAGCUGCCUCUGGUCUGUUGGAGAAAGGGUUCAUUAAGCAAAAGCAAAGGUGCAAGAGAUCUUUUGCAUUAACAAUAACAGACAAAUUAUUUAUUGAUCCGUUAACCUACAUUUUUCAAAGAGGAAAUGUCCAACUUAGACUGUUUUUUCCCUCUGAACAUAGCAUCAGAUUGGGGAAACAGAGGCCACAGGUGUGUGGAUCAGUUGAAAGGGCUUGAUAGUGCUACACUGUAAGAUUUACUGGGGAUCAGACAUAGUCUGGCUAAAUAAGGAUCAUUUGCAUACUGAUUUCCAUCAUUUAAUUUCUUCAAGUAUGUAUUUUAAAAAUGUAACCAAAUGAUUCAUUAGAAGAAAGUUUGGUGGAGUCUGGAUUGCCUGUUUUGUGUAUAAUAAAGUGUGUACCUUAAGUUAUAUAACACCACCUCAUUUUCUGGGCAUUAUUUCCUAAUUUUUAAUGUUUCAGGUUUUAACUGGUCAUUUUAUAUUUCCAACUCCAAUACUGAUUAAAAAAAAAGAGGGGUGAAUAAAAGGACAAAGAAGUCAAGCUUAAAGCCCUUGCAUGUAUUAGAGGGCCUUAGACAAUUAUUAGAAAGUGUUAAUAUGGAAGUUAUAGCAAAAUCAUUUGUUGAUAACUUUUAGUUUGGAAUUUUAAAAAUUGUUUUAAUGUGCCUUGGCAUCUUGAAAAAAAAGUGUAUGAUCUAAUUUAUGUUCAGUGUUAACUUGGUCAGUUUACAUUGUAUUUAUUAUGUUUGCUGAAAAAUCAAGUUUUAGGGAAGAAAAAUGGAUUGGAUUAUUUUAGGGUAGAAUGAAGAACUUUGUUUACAUCAAAUUGAUGAAAUUACAGAGUCAGUGAUUCCUUUUUGCUAGUGCUACUUUGAAAUUGUGAUAGAUCUGAUUUCCAAAAUAAGUAACUUUAUUAGUGAAGUAUACUAUGUACUUGAUUAAAAACCAUUUUGUCCUGCAGUGGGUCCUGUUUCGCGAAGGAAAUAUAUCCUUAUGACACAAUCAGGCAGUUUCCUUUUUCUAUAUAUUUGAAUCCUAUAUAAUUCUAUAUAUGUCAUAUAUAUAUAUAGAAUUUUAGAUUCUAAUCUUUAAUGGUCAUUAAAAAAAUUUUCCUAAGCAUUUAAUAGAUCUAGAAUAAUUUUACCUUUUAAAAAGUACUAAUAUACAUCAAAAUUUGUAGCAAAUAAUUACUUUGUAAAACUUAACGAGUUUAAAUUGUGUUGAAAUCCUUAUUUGAAUUUACUUAGAUGCUUUACAUUAGAAGGUACAUAUGUUAUAUAUAUGCUAACAAUUGUGAAUCACUGCAUUUGGUUCACUUAAAAACUUGGGAGUUGUAAGUGAAGAAAAAUCUGCUAUUUUUAGGGCAGAUUUUUUUUUUAAGGCUGGCUACAAAUGAUUAAGUUGUUUUGAACUAUUGAGUGCCAUUUAAAGUUUCUGCCAUUCUACUAGAAAAUUAUGGGAUUCACCUCUUCAAAAGAUAGGUUAAAAUGGAUUAUACAAAGUCUGAUGACCAUAUUAUAAUUAGAAAGAAGACUAAUGUUAAAUGAACUUUUCUGAAAGACUUUUUGUGUUUUUUAAAGCUUUUCUUUUUCUGGAACUCUGCUUGCUUGUUCAGCAAGCAUUCCUAAAUGAACCACUACUUACUAAAUUAGUUCUUCUUAAGGUAUCUAUUUCUAAAAUUACCUACUUGAGAACAUGAAGGAUGUUUCAGAAGUAUCAUGAAGCAAGGAUCCAGUCAGAGCGUUACAGGGUGUGGGGUUUUUAGAAGUCUGUAUUUAACAGGUACAUUAUGAUGGGUAGCAUUCUUAUUUUGAAUUACAACAGCAUUGCUCAGGAAAUCAGUAUUUUUCUUCCACGUAUGUGCAUAUUGCACUGUUAGAUCAUAGAACUAUCUGAAUACUUUAUUUAAUUCUUUUUAUGUAUGCAGAUACUAUAAAUCUUUUGUAUAAUGUAUUUUAUACAAAGGCAAAAUGGAAUUUUAGAACAUUGUUAGCAUGAUCAUCUGUAAAACUGGUUUUUAAAACUUUUUGCCCUUAUUUUUCAUAUUUUAAAAGAUAUGCAAAAUGUAAUAAAGUUUCUAUUUUAUUAUUCAGUCUAAAA